AUGGAACUUACCAUGGAGACCUUGGGCAGCCUGCACGGCGUGUCCCACUCGCAGGCCGGGGAGCUGAUGAGCCCUGCCCACGGCCGGCCGGCCGCCCACCGGAACCUGGUCUCCCACGCGCGGCCGGCCAUGGUGUCCAGCAUGGCCUCGAUCCUGGACGGCGCCGGGGACUACCGGCCGGAGCACAGCCUGGGGGGCCCCUUGCACCCGGCCAUGAGCAUGGCGUGCGAGUCCCCCUCGGGCAUGAGCCUGAGCAGCACCUACACCACCCUGACCCCGCUGCAGCACCUGCCCCCCAUCUCCUCCGUCUCGGACAAGUUCCACCACCCGCACCCGCACCCGCACCACCACCCGCACCAGCGCCUGCCCGCCAGCGUCAGCGGCAGCUUCACCCUCAUGCGGGACGAGCGGAGCCUCUCCUCCAUGGGCAACCUCUACGGCCACUACCCCAAGGACAUGCCGGCCAUGGGCCAGCCCCUCUCCCCGCUGCCCAACGGCCUGGGCCCCUUGCACAACGCGCAGCAGCCGCUGGCUCCCUACGGCCCCGGAGGGCACCUGGCCAGCGACAAGAUGCUCUCCCCCAGCGGCUUCGACUCCCACGCGGCCAUGCUGUCCCGGAGCGAGGAGCACCUGGCCCGGGGGCUGGGCGCGCCGGGCGCCGGCAUGAUGCCCCCCCUGAACGCCAUGCACCACCAGGGGCACCACCACGGCCAGCCCAACGGCUCCAUCCUGGGCGAGCGGGAGAGGCAGGCUUCCGCCUCGGGCUCGCAGGCCGGCAGCUCCGGGCAGGUGGAGGAGAUCAACACCAAGGAGGUGGCGCAGAGGAUCACGGCGGAGCUGAAGCGGUACAGCAUCCCCCAGGCCAUCUUUGCCCAGCGGAUCUUGUGCCGGUCUCAGGGCACCCUGUCCGACCUCCUGCGGAACCCCAAGCCCUGGAGUAAACUCAAGUCCGGGCGGGAGACCUUCCGGAGAAUGUGGAAGUGGCUGCAGGAGCCCGAAUUCCAGAGGAUGUCGGCGCUGAGGCUCGCAGCCUGCAAACGCAAAGAACAGGAGCAGCAGAAAGACAGGAACCUGCAGCCCAAGAAGCAGCGGCUGGUCUUCACGGACCUGCAGCGCCGCACCCUGAUCGCGAUCUUCAAGGAGAACAAGCGCCCCUCCAAGGAGAUGCAGAUGACCAUCUCGCAGCAGCUGGGCCUGGAGCUCAACACCGUCAGCAACUUCUUCAUGAACGCCCGCCGGCGGUGCAUGAACCGCUGGCAGGAGGAUGCGGGCGCCAACCCUGGGGUUCCCUCAUCUUCUACAAGCACUUUCUCCAAAGCAUGA